AUGACGAAGAAAUAUGGAAGACAGAUGAAACGGAAUAUCUUCGAGGGUAAACACCAGUCAGAAUGUUGGGGUUAUUAUCACCAGGUUGCUGCGAUCCAAGAUGGAUGUUCCAAGGUUAUGUGUAAAAUGUGCGACCAUGUUCUGAGCCACCCCACAGACCGCCACCGUGGAACAUCGCCUAUGAAUAAACAGUAUUCAUCAGGAGUGAAUUGUCGGAGACUAGUGCCUCGCGGGCAAGAUAUCAAGUGUCUAUUACGCAAUGGGGUAUAUUUUACAUGUGCCAACGUUUGA